AUGACCCGAAAGUUCCAGCUGAGGCAAAUCGGGCAAAGGCGCUGCCUGGCAGCCACGGGACAGGCCGUCAGCAGCCGCGACCAGGUCCCACGACGGAGCCCAAAGCCCGGGGGCGUCUGCUCCCUGCGCCCGCCCGCCAGCCUUGGCACGGUCCCAGCGCGAGCCUGGCAGAGCCCAGGGGAUGCCUCCAAAGGACGGCAUGAAAGAAACGCCACGCUGGAGACCGGCCCUGCGCUGGGGGCCCUGUCGACGGGCGUGUCUUCCCACACGUGCAACGUGCCCUUCAACGACAGCAGGGUGUUCCUGGUGACCGUGUACAGCGGCGUGUGUGCGCUGGGCCUGCCGGCCAACUGCCUGACAGCGUGGCUCACGCUGCUGCAGGCACGCCAGGGCCACGUGCUGGCCGUCUACCUCUUCUGCCUGGCGCUCUGCGAGCUGCUCUACAUCGGCACCCUGCCGCUCUGGGUCGUCUACAUCCAGCACGGGCACCGCUGGCCGCUCAGCCCCUGGGCCUGCAAGGUGACCGCCUACGUCUUCUUCUGCAACCUCUACGUCAGCAUCCUCUUCCUAUGCUGCAUUUCCUGCGACCGCUUCCUGGCGGUGGUGUACGCGCUGGAGACGCGGGGCCGCCGCCACCAGAAGACCGCCAUCCUCAUCUCCGCGACAGUCUUCCUUCUCGUCGGGCUCGUCCACUCCCCGGUGUUCAAGAUGGAGCACGAUGAAACUUGCUUCGAGACGCUGCCGAUGGACCACAAGGUGGCCGGGUACUACUACGCGCGCUUCAUGGUGGGCUUUGCUGUCCCGCUGUCCAUCAUUGCCGUCACCAACCAGCGCAUCUUCAGGACCAUCCAGCGGAGCACCAGCCUGAGCGCUUCCCAGAAGGCCAAGGUGAGGCUCCUGGCCAUCGCGGUCGUGGCCAUCUUCCUGGUCUGCUUCGCCCCCUACCACCUGGUGCUCCUGAUCAAAGCCAUCGCCUUUUCCUACCACAGAGGGGCCGAAGAACCUGUGUGCAACUUUGAAAUCCGCCUGUACACGGCCUCUGUGGUGUUCCUGAGCCUGGCCACCGUGAACAGUGUGGCUGACCCCAUUAUCUACGUGCUGGCCGCAGAAGUGACCCGCCAGGAAGUGUGCAGAAUCCACAAGGGGUGGAAAAAGUGGUCCACGAAGAUGGACGACACCAAGCUUGCGUGCUCGAAGGACUCGGAGGAGGCACGGUCGCCCAUGUCCCCCACCAACAGCUACGCCUUCCCCGGGCCCGUCCACCCACCAGGGCCAUCACUGGGCACCCCAGAGGGGCUGGCCGAGGGGUCCUGCUGAGCCCAGCGCAGGGGGCCAGGGCUGGCCGCCGGUGCUGCCUGUAGACCGCUAGCCAAUGUCCAUGGUGCUGCUGGGGAGUCCCCUCCAAAUGGCUCACCCCCGAUUUCUCGUCCCUGGAGUCUCUGCCGCCGGGGGUCCCGGCUGAGCAGAAGCCCCACGGAAGGCGGCAGCUCAUUCAGGGUAA